AUGUCGACGUCGCCACAGACUCGCUCUUUUGAUUUGGCCUCUGUUCCGCCUAUAUACAUCCUACCAAGUCACCUUACCCCGGAAGCAUUGCAUGAACACGAAGACCUUGUCUUCAGACUAGGCGGUUCCCUCACAUACGACUCUCAGGAGGCACGGGUGUUCCUGGGUAACAUCGGCCAAAAGAGACGUGCUUCCUUUGAUCUGAGAGCAAGAGGAGUAUGGACAGAGGAGGCGCCCUUGCCUGAGACGGAUCGUCAAAGUACAACUCAUGGCAGUUCUGACGAAGGACCACCUCGCAAGAAGCCGAAGGCAGGAUGGAUCGAGCGCGAUGUAAAAAGGCAAGCAGCAAAACGACGGCCCAGUUCUAGAUCCAGUACAGAAUCGUCGACUCAAUCCGAUGACGUUCCUCCGCCACCAGAUGUGUCCUGGCCGAAUCUGAAAUCGCACAUCGUCGUCCUCAAACUGGCCUGGUUGGAGUCCUGUAUCAAACAGGGCCACAUCGUUCACUACAGACCAUUCAUAGUCUACACGGGCAGAAUCAUACCCAAACCAGCUGGUGAAGCUUCUCCCAAAGCACUACGCGACCCAACCACAUACGUCAAGACGACUCCGGGCUCGGCCUCGGGCUCGUCGUCAUCACACCAUGUUCCAAAGCCCACCACAUCCAUUCUCGAACGUGCCAGAGCCGACGCAGCCAUGCAUCACACUUCGAGUAAUAACACCUUCCACCCACACCGCCGCCGCUUCGGCGACCACGCGCACUCAACACCAUCCCUAGCAAAGCCCCCACCCAAACUCCACCGCACCACGACCUCGGAAUUCGAAGACCUCGCCAACAACCCUCUCCCGCCCCUCCCGGACUGGGCUACGGGUCCCUACGCACACUACUCGUGCUGCCGUGACACGCCCAUGCUCACCCGCAACGCCGCCUUCAUCGCCCAACUCACCAAAAUCAAAGAGUCCCGGAUCCUCACGCUCGACGACAUCGGUGUGCGCGCCUACUCGACGUCGAUCGCCAGCCUGUCGGCGUACGAGCACCACAUCCGGCAUCCCGAGGAGAUCAUCCGGCUGCCCGGCUGUAACGCCAAGCUCGCAUCGCUGUGGUCGGAAUGGUACCACUCGGCCGAGACGGACGGGGAGCGAUCAAUCGCCACGGUGCGCGCUCUCGACGAAGACGUCGACCUCCAACACCUCCGCCUGUUCUGGAACAUCUGGGGGGUGGGCCCGGAUACGGCGCGCAAAUUCUACUUUGAGCGCGGCUGGAAGGACCUCGACGACGUGGUCGAGUUCGGCUGGGCGGGCCUCACGCGCGUGCAGCAGAUCGGCGUGAAGUACUACGACGAGUUCAUGGCCAAGAUCCCGCGCGCAGAAGUCGAGCAGAUCUCGGGCGUGAUUCUGGAUCACGCGCGGAGCGUACUGGGCGUCAAGCCCGCGCAGUACGGCGGCGUGGAAGACGUCGAGUGUAUCAUCGUGGGCGGAUACCGCAGGGGCAAGACCGAGUGCGGCGACGUCGACGUCGUGCUCAGCCACCGCGACGAGGCCAAGACCAAAGACCUCGUCGUGGACAUCGUCUCGAGUCUCGAGGCCACAGGCUGGAUCACGCACACUCUGAGUCUGCACACCACGACUAGUGACCGUGGGCAGGCCACGUUGCCGUUCCGCGCAAACCACCACGGCGGGGGUUUCGACAGUCUCGACAAGGCCUUGUGUGUCUGGCAGGAUCCGAGGUAUGAUGAUGGUGACGCCGACGACGAGGAGGAGGGACAGCAGGAGAAGCUCCCCGAUCGUAACGAGAAGGAUGAAAACGACGACCAAAGUGGCAAUGCCGUCGCCAUCAAAAGCGGAAAAGUGGCAAAGCAGAACAAAAACAACAAAAAGAACCCCAAUAUCCAUCGACGCGUAGACAUCAUCAUCUCGAGCUGGCGGACUGUCGGAUGCGCCGUGCUCGGGUGGAGCGGCGGCACCACCUUCCAACGAGACAUAAGACAGUUCGUCUCCAAGACGAGGGGGUUGAAGUUCGACAGCUCGGGAGUCAGGGACCGUGCUAACGGCUUGGUUCUGGACUUGGAGGCACCCAGACCGAAGACCAAAGAAGCACUCGAGGCCGCCUUGAAGGGCAAACAGCAACAACCACCACAACCACCACCACCAUCACAACAACAACAACAACAACAACAACAACAACAACCACCACCACCACCACCUGUCGCUAACGCCGAUGUCGAAUGGGAUGACAAGGACACAUGGCAGGACAGGGAGCGCCGGCUGAUGGACGGCCUGGGGUUCGGCUAUCGGCCUCCAGAGAAGCGAUGUACAGGGUGA